AUGACACAAGUUUGGGAUGCGGGAUUGUCAUGGAAAAGGAGCAGAAAUGCAAGAUCAGGACCCCCAUUAGACACCCUGUCUGUGGAGGAGAGAUUUGAAGCUACAAAAUCAAAAGUAUAAAACAAGUACUGUUUAUAAAAUGAGCUCCAUCAACAUUUUUUGAAUGGCUUCAAAAUCUGUGAUUUAGAUCAACUCUUCUUGCACUAUAAAUAUUUAGAUCUGGGGUUUUAAUGGUCUAAAAAAAUAGAUGUAAAGCAGGGGCGGAUCUAGGGGAAGGGUGCAUGGAGUAAAGCUCCCCCUGAGAUGGCCUGCGGCUUUCUAAUAGAACUGAUGUUCUGCAAAAGAAAAGUUGGUGGUUUAUUGGUGUUGAAGUAAUACGUGAGACAAGGUUGUAGAAUUUAUGUUAAACACCAUAAAAGUGGUAGUUCCUUAGACGUGCACCCACUCAUAAGAAAAAUCCUGGAUCCACCCCUCUGAAAAGUACAAAGACACUCAUUAAACAUAAAGUUCUUCUGUUUUUUCUUUAUGAAUUAUAAAUGAGUUUUUGAAUGUUAACACACACACACUUGUUUUCAUGCAUACAGUUAAAUCUGGAUUAAUUGGUCAUCCUCCUCCUCAGGAUGGGUAAAUGGCUGUUAAAUACACGUUGGUUUCAUCAUCUGAAAACAUUGUUAGAAGUGUGGUAACAUUUGAAUUUUAUUUGAGUACAACUACAAUCAGUGGAAAGUGCAGGGGAAAAAAUAUGCAUUAAAUAGCCUUGCACAUAACUUCCAGAGUUAACAAUGGGGUAACAAGUAUGGACACAACGUCUGAAAAGACAAUGAUGGCUUUAAGAAAACAAAUGGUACGCUUAUACUUAGACUCCACUUUUCUGUUCUUUCCAGUACCAUCUUGGUAAUAAUAAUUUUUGUCUGUUUGUAAUUGUAGGUCAGAAAUCAAAUGGAAUGUCCAAGUGCAUUAUUCUUGCGAAAAAUCCAUUAAUAAUGUUUUUCAGGAACUGCAUAACUACAUAUCACCAAUUCAAAUUACUGAAUUUAGCAGAGAGUAAAUUCACAGAGGAUGCAAAUAGUGGCUUCUCAACAUCACUUUAUCUGAGGAACAAAAGUGACGCAAGUUUGUGGAUUUUGAGGGAACUAGCCCUGCUGGCUGGAAACGUUUCUGGCUUGCCUUGGGAUUUAGCAGAGCCUGUUUCUCUGACAAAAUACUCAGAAAAUCAAAACUAUGAACUUCAUUUUGAUUCUGAAUUUAUGAUGGCGGGAAAGAAAAUGAAGCGUGCUGCAACAUUUUUGCUGUACUUGAACUCUGUUUCUAAUGGUGGUGAAACAAUCUUUCCACGAUCAAUAAAUGAAUCUGAUGUUGAUCCCACAUCAAUUCCAAAUGAUAAACCUUUACUUAGAGAGAUAUGCCAUAAUGAUAAUGUUUUGAAGGUUGUUCCAGAAGCAAGGUCUUGCCUAGUGUUCUUUAACCACUUGACUGAAGAAAAAGGUGGAGGGUUAAAUCGAAGGUCAAUCCAUGGAUCAUGUCCAGUAGUCAAUCAGGAAAAAUGGAUUGCUCAGAUCUGGUUACAUCAUGAACCUUGGGGCUCUGGUGUAACUGAUUUUUGGUAG